GGAGUUUUCCAUGGUCUCUCCCUGCUGUUCCUGCCCCAAGUCCCAGUUUAGCUGAGAGACUCUGAGAAGCCCGUGGUCUGGGGCAGGGCGCAGUGCGGGGAGGAGCAGGGGGUGCUUUUUCAUCAACAGUCUGUGGGGGGUUUCUGUGUGCUCAGAUUACAGCGCUUUCCACUUGUGGUUUCCUUCUCCAGGACCAGCUCUAAAAGGGGCCGUGAACAGGGGCUGGGGCAGAUAGAGCAACACGGCCGGGACACACAGCUGAGAGCUGCUUUGCAAGAGGACAGGGUCCCACGCUGAGAGGCAGAUUCCUCGGGUGAAGCUUCAGCUCUGCCCACCUAAAGGAAGACCACCGAGUGAGGGUGACACAGUGAGAUCUGCAGGCGCCAUGAAUGCAGAGAGCAGCAACUUUGUAGAGGAUGCCAUCUACUAUAUCCUCAAUGCACUGGACAAGGAGGACCUGAAGAGCCUGCUGAGUAAAGAUGAAGAGUGGGAGAAAUUUGUCACUGACACUGAGUUGUCCAGGGAGGAAGCACAGGCGAUGCGUGAAGGUCUGAAGAAUCAGAAAACAGCCACAGGCGUGGAAUUCAAAGAGAUGCCCCAGUAUGGGCUGGAGUACAGGGAGAGGUUUUUGAAAACUUACCCUGAGGUUAAAGAGGAAGUUGAGAAGCUCAUAGCUCAGUUCCAUGCACUUACAGACAGUGCCAUGCAGGUCCACAGGGAUACCAUCAUCCCCGACCUGAUAAUCCACAUUAGUGGCCUCACAAACAGAAUCCUGUGUAUUGUACAGACAGGUCUAGAUCCCUUAAUGACAGGGGUUAGCUUGGCACUGACAACAACGAGGCUGGGCUUGGGGGUUGCAGCAGUUGGCAAGACUGGAAUCACUACUGAAGUGAAAUUUGGUGAAAUGUCAUCAAUAGGAAGUGAGGCCAAGCACCUGGGAUCCUCUGGGCUCAAGGUAGACGAGUUGUUUCUGGGAGUUGUCAACAACAGUCCCAACAGAAUAGCCACUGCUGUCAGCAGCAGGAAUCGUGUUGCGAGGCACAUUCGUGUUGUGAGGAGUACUCAAUGUCGUCCAUUAGCCGAGGAGAAUGCAACGGAAAGCAACAACGUGCUAGGGAACAUGUUUGGAAGCAUUUUAAGGGGAAUGAGUGAGGGAGACCGGUUCUGCUUUGGGGCCAACACAGACUUCUCCCUCCUGGUGGAGAUCCACAGCCUUACACAAGAGUUACUGAUCUUGCUGAACAACCCAAAGUCAGCAGAGAUACUGAAGCAGCGGGUCCCGGUGCUGGAGUCGAUAUUAGAGGAGCUCAAGCAGGUGUAUGAGAGGCUGCAGUAGGGCCUGACGCCCCAGAGCAGGGCCAGGAGUGGGGCUGAGGUGGGAAGAGACAUUGCUAAAAAGAAAACGAAGGUGGGAUCGAGGUUGUGGAAAUCAGGGUGAAGGAAUUGACAUUUCAGUCGCUGAGCCCAGCAAGAGAAAGAAUUUGCCGGAGGCUUUGUUCAAAGCCAAGGCAGAAAUACGGGGUCUGGAUUAGGGAUGGGAAGGAGAUGAAAUCUUUAAAUCUUAAAAAGACCAGGGUGGGGCAUGAAGAAAUAGAUCAAGCAAUGAAAAUGGCAGCAUAGUAAAGAGGUUAAAAAAAAUGAGUGACAACUGCAGGGGUAGGUAUGAGAAAACAGGAGCAGCAAGGUUGACUCUUCCCCGAUUUUAUGCCCAGCUAGAAGGAUUUCACGUCCUCCUGGUGUCUCAGCUCUGCCUUUGUAUCAACUCACUCUUCGCUUUUUUAUUUUUGUUUUUUUUUUAAGCACAGUUAGAAAAUUUGAUAAUAACCGAUUCACUCGUCACACAUUUCAGGGGUCCUCGCUAGGAAAUUUUUCUUUUGUUCACUAUUCACUGCUUCUAGUCUAAGUAGGAUUUGAUGUUCUUUUUGACGCUGGCGGGGCAGCAGAGCUCCGUCCUCCUUUCGUUGGAAAAUCAGUAAUGCUCAUUGGACUCUGGGCAUGAAAGAGGCCAGGAAAGUCCAGUAAAAUCCCAAAGGCGAGUGGGAACAGUGAUUGGUUUGAAAAUAAGGUAGAAGGAGCUACAAAACUGCACAAGUCAAGAAAUGUGAUAUAUUAAGAUCCUGGGGUUUGCGGUGUAGGGCCUCCAACUUUCAGAACCUCA